GGUUGCGAAGAUGGCGACGGCCUUGAGCGAGGAGGAGCUGGACAAUGAAGACUAUUACUCGUUGCUGAACGUGCGCAGAGAGGCCUCCUCCGAGGAGCUGAAAGCCUCGUACCGGAGGCUGUGCAUGCUCUACCACCCGGACAAGCACAGGGACCCGGAGCUGAAGUCACAGGCGGAGCGGCUCUUUAACCUUGUUCACCAGGCGUAUGAAGUGCUUAGUGACCCGCAAACCAGGGCCAUCUAUGACAUCUACGGGAAGAAAGGACUGGAAAUGGAAGGAUGGGAGGUCGUGGAAAGGAGGAGGGCUCCGGCGGAAAUUAGGGAAGAGUUUGAGCGGCUCCAGAGAGAGCGGGAGGAGAGGCGCCUGCAGCAGCGCACGAACCCCAAGGGAACCAUCAGUGUUGGAGUGGACGCCACGGACCUUUUCGAUCGCUACGAUGAGGAGUAUGAGGAUGUGUCUGGAAGCGGAUUCCCUCAGAUCGAAAUUAACAAAAUGCACAUAUCCCAGUCCAUCGAGGCUCCCUUGACAACAACAGAUACAGCCAUCCUCUCGGGAAGCCUCUCGACCCAGAACGGGAACGGAGGGGGCUCCAUUAACUUCGCGCUCCGGCGAGUCACAUCUGCCAAGGGCUGGGGAGAGUUGGAAUUUGGAGCUGGAGACCUCCAGGGACCGUUAUUUGGUCUCAAGCUGUUCCGUAACCUCACACCAAGAUGCUUUGUGACGACAAACUGCGCUCUGCAGUUCUCAUCCCGAGGAAUCCGGCCUGGCCUUACCACCGUCCUCGCCCGGAACCUGGACAAGAACACUGUGGGCUACCUGCAGUGGCGCUGGGGCCUCCAGUCGGCCAUGAACACGAGCAUUGUCCGGGACACCAAGACCAGCCACUUCACCGUGGCCCUGCAGCUGGGCAUCCCUCACUCAUUUGCACUGAUCAGCUACCAGCACAAAUUCCAGGAUGACGACCAGACGCGUGUGAAAGGCUCCCUCAAAGCCGGCUUCUUCGGGACAGUGGUGGAAUACGGAGCCGAGAGGAAGAUCUCGAGGCACAGCGUCCUGGGAGCUGCCGUGAGCAUCGGAGUGCCCCAGGGCGUUUCCCUCAAAGUCAAGCUGAACCGGGCCAGUCAGACGUACUUCUUCCCUAUCCACCUGACGGACCAGCUCCUCCCCAGCGCCGUGUUCUACGCCACCGUGGGGCCCCUGGUGCUCUACUUCGCUAUGCACCGGCUGAUCAUCAAACCGUACCUCAGGGCUCAGAAAGAAAAGGAGCUGGAGAAGCAGAGGGAGAGCACGGCCAGCGACAUGCUGCAGAAGAGGCAGGAGGCCGAGGCCGCCGUCCGCCUGAUGCAGGAGUCUGUCCGAAGAAUCAUCGAGGCGGAAGAGUCCAGAAUGGGGCUCAUCAUCGUGAACGCCUGGUACGGGAAGUUCGUCAACGACAAGAGCAGGAAGAGCGAGAAGGUGAAAGUGAUUGACGUGACCGUGCCACUGCAGUGCCUGGUGAAGGACUCCAAGCUCAUCCUCACCGAGGCCUCCAAGGCCGGGCUGCCAGGCUUCUACGACCCCUGUGUGGGUGAAGAGAAGAACCUGAAGGUGCUCUACCAGUUCCGAGGAGUCCUGCACCAGGUGAUGGUGCUGGACGGUGAGGCCCUCAGGAUACCAAAGCAGUCUCACAGGAUCGACACGGACGGGUAAGGCGCGGCCACGGCGAAGGAAGAGGCCGCACCGAUCUCCCUGGGAUCUCCGCAUUGGAAGCCAGAAGCAGCCCAAACAUGAGAUGUUUUUAUUUUAUUUUAUUCCUGUAGAAGGUGGCACCCUGUCAGUUAUGUGGAGGGACACGCAGACACCCAGCUCCGGUGGGUGCUGCAUGCAGACCUGAGGCCGCCCGGCUGGGCCCACCAUGGCACAGAUCGUGUUCCUGGCAGGAAGGGCCCCUCACUGCCGCUGCCACCCAGCAGCCCUCGGUGCUGACUGGAGGGAUUUCUGGAACAUCUGCCCUCGCACACAGGACUUUUCCCAAAACCUGCACUGGACGUGGGAGGCGAGCCAGAAGGAACGGUGUCUGCAGAGGCACGGCCUCGUGCAGGGAGCACCUGAGAUAUUAUCACCUAGUGAAUGUGGGUGGAUUGUGGGCUAUAAAACUGCUUUUUACCUGCGGA